AUGGCCAUCGUCCAAGAUAUCACAGCAGAAGAGGACCAGGUAGCGAGUAGCUUGCACGAGCUGCUGGCGUCCCUCCGGACUCUGGUAAAAGGGCUGGACUUGCCCGUAAAUGUCUUUAAUGAAACAGACCCAUUCGCCCUCAGCCAACACGAUUCUAUAACAUUCCUAUCCAUCAAACAAAUAUCCACCACAAUCACAGAAAUAGAUGAAGAUUGGGGUUGGGACGACGUCUCGCCAGAGCAACAAGCGCAGCUACUCGGCCCUAUCAUCCGACUCUCCGGGGACGAUCCCUGGUCUUCCCCUAGUAUACGGCGUGAAAUCGACAGUAUACAACCCCACCUCCCCAAAUCCCUCCCCCUCACCCUCCUCCACUCCCUCCGCCCCUCCUUCGCCCCCCACCCCUCUCUCUCCUCCGCCUCCCGCCCUCUCCCCAAGCCCACCGCUGGCUCGGAGGGGACUAUCGACAUGCACGACGUGCAGCCUUUCAAGGACGUUUCUUCCUGGGGUGUUGCCAAUAUCCUUUCGUGGUCUGCUUCCCGCUUGACGCAAGAAGAGAUUGAGAGAUAUUUGGGGAUCGUGCUGCCCCCGACUUUGGUUUUGAUGGAUGACUACGAACCCCGCUGGCGCGAAAAAGGCAUCUCAGCCCUAUCAUCCUGGAUCUUCACCCUCCCCGCCCAAACACUCCAAAACAUGCGUCUCCCGUCCCUCCUUCUCCCCUCCCUCAUCCACUCGCUCGCCCUCCACCCCCACCCGCCCCAACCUUCCAUACUCCCCACAACCCUGCGCUUUUUAAGGUACACGACAGAGGCGGGGUCGGAAGAACGGGCGAGGUGGGUAGGGGAGAUUGUGGAGAAGAGGUUGGUGGAUGGGUGGGUUUAUGCGAAGGAUGGGAGGGAGGGGAGGGAGGUGCGGAUCGGUCUUGCGAGGGAGGUUGAGGUUUUGUGUGGAGAGAUAGGGACGGGGAUAGCCCGGUGGACUAGACAACUCAUACCCAACCUGCUCAACCCACUCCAAUACGCCCCCACCCCACUCACCAUCCCCCACCUGAGCUCCAACCUUUCCGCCCUGCUCUGCCUUAUCAAGACCCUAAGCCCGACGGGGUUGGGAGGGAGGUGGCGGGGGAAGAUUAUGAAUGUCAUGGCGAGACAGUGGGUUUUGUGUAAGGAGCGGAGAGGCGUUGAUGAUGGUGAUGAUGUGAUCGUAAAACCAAUUAUGGAGCUCAUCCAAAGAAUCAUCAAUGAAUUGAACAAACAGUUCCCGGGAGAUGUACCGAGAGAGUUGGGGGUGUUGAGGUUGGUGGUGAAGGGGGGGCAGUUGGAUGGUCUUUUGCUUGGGCUUGGGCUUGGGCCUUGUCUUUCUUCUUCUUCUUCUUCUUCUUCUACUUGUUCGCCUUCGCCUUCGGGGCUCUGA